AUUUUCCCCACACCAUGACGUUGGGUCUGGGGGGGGAUGAGCUCAGAGCUGCCCAGAGCUGAGCUUCCAACUGAGUUUCGAGGGGAGCUUGGAGGCAUAGAGCUAUCCAUCCGCGUACGAACAUGUGACGUCAAACCGGUCGACCUUCUUAUGGGGGACUCGUUGCUUUCUUAAAAGGAGACUCUUUCAGCCGCUUGGAUGUCUCUUUCGACCUACAUCCUCAUCACACUUGUAAACAAUCCAUCUACAUUAUCUUACAGCCUUCUACGAGACUCAACUUCACCACCACCACCACCACCACCACCAAACUCAAUUUGAACCAGCACAACCCAUUCAUCAUGCCUCGCGACGGAUCUGGAGCCUCUGACAACGCCAUUGAGGCCGGCCACAACAUCGUCCACGGCGCUGGCGAGGUCAAGGAUUCCCACGUCGACCGCGCCGACAAGACCGCGCCCCUGCCCGAGGGCGAGAAGGGUCUCGCCAUCGACGGCCUGAACGCCAGUGGCGGCCAGAGCCAAGGCCUUGCCCAGGGCCCCAACGUUGGCCAGGGCGGCAGACGCAACUGAAGUGCACAUGCAAGGAGACGGGCACAUAUGCCAUGGAGAACAGGGAGAGCGGAAGAUAUUGGACCACCCAGCGCAGCUGAUGCGCAGCGAAUGGUGGUGACUACGAACAGGUAGUCUAAUGAGACAUGAAUAAAUUAUUCAAAAAUAAC